AUUUGAUUAUUUAUUUAUUUUUUUGGGUUUUUGCAAUUGAAUUGAAAAGAGAAUUAUCGAAGAGAGACCAGGGUUUUAGCGAGGUUUACUGCUUUACCUCUUCUUCUUCUUCUUCUUCUUCUUCUUCAUACAAUCUAUCUUUAGGGUUUUCUGAUUUUUCAACCAUAUAUAUAUAUAUAUAUACACACAUAGUUCCUCUUCUGCAACCUAACAAAUGACCUGACCAAACUGAGCUCUUCCCAUUUUCAAAUGCAUCGCCGUCUUGCCAUUUUCACCCACCGGAGUCUCAAAAGCUUCAAUUUUUUCGAACCCACAGGUUUCAAUCUCCAAAACCCUCGAACCAAUGGAGAGUUCGCUACCUUCACUUUCUUUCGCUUGCAUUCCUUCACCCCUCUGCACCGACGCGUUCCCGAUCCCGAAGACCCCUCCACCCUUAUGAAGGAAGAUGGGGUAUCGGUUUGUUCUCAAAUGUGGAUUGAGAAUUUCCGGCAAUCCGAUCGGAUCGUAACCAAUUUGGCGUCUUAUCUACGUCGAUUGGAGUUGUGGGUAUUGGCUUACCAGAAGGUUUGUGCCGACGAGAUGGGCGCGUAUAUGCCGCGGAGUAUGAUCCAGAGGUCUGCAAUGGAGGACCUUUUGGCACUUCGGAACGCGGUAUUGGAUAACAGGUUCAAGUGGGGAGCAAGGUUAGAGUUCUUUAUCAAAUCUCCUAAAGAUACGACUGAGUAUGAAUCAUUGUCCAAGAGGAAAAUCAAGACCCUUUUGACCACAACUCAACCAGCCCCAUUUCAAGAUAGGAUUGUUCAGGAAGUUUUGCUUAUGAUUUUGGAGCCUAUAUAUGAAGCUCGGUUUUCGCAGAAGUCGUUUGCAUUUAGGCCUGGAAGGAAUGCACAUACAGUGUUGAGGGUAAUUAGGAGGAAUUUUGCGGGCUAUUUAUGGUAUAUAAAAGGGGAUUUGAGCACAAUUUUGGAUGGAAUGAAGGUGGGGUUGGUUAUAAAUGCUUUAAUGAGGGAUGUGAGGGAUAAGAAAGUGAUUGAUUUGGUGAAAUCUGCGUUGGUUACGCCGGUCAUCACUACGCAGGAUGAUGGUAGAGAGAAGAAGAAAAAGAAGAAAAGGAAGUAUCAGAAGAAGAGAGUAUUGGCGGAGGAUGAGCCGAAGCCGGACCCGUAUUGGUUAGAAACAUUCUUUGGGUUUGCCCCUGAGGAAGCAGAGAAGCUUCCUUCUUGGGGCCAUUGUGGGAUACUAAGUCCCCUCUUGGCUAAUGUUUGUUUGGACGAACUGGACAGGUGGAUGGAAGGAAAGAUUAAAGAGUUUUAUCGACCUUCCAAGAGUGAUGUGAUUUGGAAUAGCCCUGAAGGGGAAGCAGAACAGGGAAAUACAUCUUGGCCUGAAUUUGUGCCAACAAGUGGACCCGAUAAGACCAGGAAGAUGGAUUAUGUACGAUAUGGGGGACACAUUUUGAUUGGUGUUAGGGGACCUAGGGCAGAUGCAGCAACAUUGAGAAAGCAAUUGAUUGAGUUUUGUGAUCAGAAGUACAUGCUCAAGCUAGAUAAUGAGAGCCUACCUAUAGAACACAUAACAAAGGGCAUAAUGUUUCUUGAUCAUGUGUUGUGUCGCAGAGUUGUGUACCCAACUCUUCGCUACACUGCUACUGGUGGUAAGAUCAUUAGUGAGAAGGGUGUAGGAACCCUUUUAUCAGUUACUGCAAGCUUGAAACAAUGCGUCAAGCAGUUUAGGAAGUUGAGCUUUCUAAAAGGGGAUAGAGAUCCAGAUCCACAGCCUUGUUUUCGGAUGUUUCACGCUACUCAAGCUCACACUAAUGCACAAAUGAACAAGUUUUUGUCCACAAUGGUUGAGUGGUAUAGAUAUGCAGAUAAUCGGAAAAAAAUUGUGAACUUUUGCUCGUACAUCAUUAGGGGUUCGCUUGCAAAGCUUUAUGCAGCAAAAUACAAGCUUCGUUCUCGGGCAAAAGUGUACAAGAUUGGUGCGCGGAAUCUGAGCCGUCCUUUGAAGGAGAAAAAGGGUCAAUCACCUGAGUACCAUAAUUUGUUGAGAAUGGGUCUUGCUGAGUCAAUCGAUGGGCUUCAGUACACCAGGAUGUCUCUUGUACCUGAAACUGAUUAUUCCCCUUUCCCAAGUAACUGGAGACCAAGUCAUGAGAAAGCAUUGCUUGAAUAUGUAAGGCUUGAGGAUCCAAAAACUCUGGAAGAGCAACGUAGAUGUAUUAGAGAGCAAGGUCUUGUUUUGCCUCAAGAUUACAUUUCAAUGCUUGUUUGGAACUACAAAAGGAAUGCUAUCAUGUUGGAUCAACUUUCCUUGGUAAAAGAUGGUAGCAGCAAUUUUGGAAGAGAUCAACAAUUUCUGUUGGGCUCAAACCAGGAUAACCAUGAGCAUAAAAUCAAAGAAGAGGACUCUUGACAUUGGGACCAUGUUGUACGUCCCUUUUGCUUUUUGAGCUGGAUUCUUCAAAGUUCAAAAUAUUAAUGAAACCACAUUGUAGAUUCAAAGAAGAGGAAAAAAAUUUCGGUCUUCUCAUUUUAAUUAAUGUACUGUACUGUAGAAUUAUGGUAUCGAGAUCUUAUUGUUAUUGGAUUUCAGAUUUCAUAAUUGAAUGCAAAUAUAGAAAAGGAGAACCUUCUUUUCCCU